GCCAAUUUCACUGUGACUGUAGAAGAAAGGAUCAAGCUCUAUAUCAAUUUUAAUUAAAAUUAAUCGAUUUUUUCAAUUUUUCUACACUGUUUCGCGUAGCAUACAACUUAUUUUCCAAGAUAUUCAAAAUGCCUGUUGAAGACGUGCGUCCCGUCCUGAAAUUUACGCGAUUGACUGAACAUGCUUUUGCGCCGCUCAAAGGCUCUGAAAAAGCUGCUGGUUUUGAUCUGAAAAGUGCAUAUGAUUACGUAGUUCCAGCACGGGGCAAGCUUCUCAUCAAAACUGAUUUGCAAAUUGAGCUGCCUCCAGGUUGUUAUGGUCGCGUCGCGCCUCGAUCUGGGUUAGCAUUGAAGAACUUUAUUGAUGUUGGUGCUGGUGUUAUUGAUGAAGAUUACCGUGGUAAUGUUGGUGUAGUUCUUUUCAAUCAUUCUGACCAAGAAUUUGUAGUGACAAAAGGAGAUCGAAUUGCUCAGCUGAUAUGUGAAAGAAUAUAUUAUUCUGAAUUGGAAGAAGUCUCCAAUUUGUCAGAAACCAAAAGAGCUGAUGGAGGAUUUGGUUCUACUGGAAAACAAUAAAUACACAAUUAGAUUGUUGUAAGUCAUCUGAUUAGUUG